UUGACACUGUCUGCUCUGCGAACGUUGUGGGAUGAUGAUGAUCGGCGUGUGGGAUGGGGUUCAGGCGGUCGGCGAGUUAGUUGAGGGGACCUUCAUAAUCGCUUAAACAGAGAAUAAUGUAAAAAGGGCUUCAACUGUUAAACACCAAAGGCAGCAACUGCAAAAGUACGUGAAGUCAAGACCACUGCGAAAACCAGAUAUUGGGACCUGACAAGAUCAGUUCCCUCUUCAGCCCCUCCUUCCAGCAAUGAGUCUCAGUGCUGGUUGCAAAGGUGGUGGCAGUAGUGGCGGGUUGUUGGAGAGGCUACCAAACAGCAUAAUCAAUGAAAUACUGGUAAAGGUGGAUUUGGAAUCACUUUGCUCCAUGGCUUGUGUGUCCCGAACUCUCCAUUCCUCUGUCUCUCAAACCCUUUUCUAUAUCUCCUCUAUUGAUCUCUCUGCGUUUUCUCCAGAUGUUCAGACUCUGUAUUUCAUCAUUUCCAAGUUCAAAUACCUUAACAGUGUUACCGUGGAUUGCCGUCACCUCAAUGAUUCUUCGGUCAUCGAUAUUCUUGGCUCACACAUCCAAGAGUUGAAUUUGUUGAAGUGUUCACCACCAUCUUACCAAGUUCUAACGUCCUUGGGAUGCAAAUGCCCCAAUUUAAGGUUACUUGUGCUAGAAUUGGCUGGCGGGGAUGAAAUGUUUCAGAGGAGACCCUUGAAAUUUCUUAAAGGUUGUUUGUGCUUGGAGUAUCUAUCCGUAAAGAUACGAGGAACAGAACAUGAUGCAAAAGCUUUUUGUUCCAUGGAACACUUCCUCCCCGGAACAGUCAAAGUUCUGAAGUUGCAGCCAAUGCUCGAACGAGAUGCUAUCCAUCUCAUACGUGGACUCAGAGAUGACACAAACUUUUUGGAAACAUCUACCAGUUUUAGCAUUCCACUAUGUCCUCGUUCCCCUAGUUGUGCUUUGCAGCACUUAACACUUGCUUUAGAUGUCAUAUCUGAUGAGCUUAUCAUCUUGAUUGUCAACUCUCUCCCUCUUUUGGUUGAGCUGGAUAUUGAAGACAGACCAAGCAAGGAACCAUCAGCGCCCCGUGACUUGACCAACAGAGGCCUUCAGUCAUUGUGCUUUUGUCAGCAUCUGACUGACCUCUCUGUUGUUCGAAGUAGACAGAACUCUCCUGUGUCUUUCAAAAGAAUAAAUGACAUGGGCAUGUUUCUUCUUUCUGAGAAUUGCAGAGGCCUACAAUCAGUGACACUUGGUGGGUUUUCUACGGUGAGUGAUGCUGGCUUCUCAGCAAUUUUACACUCUUGCCAGAACUUGAAAAAAUUUGAAGUUCGCAAUGCAUCACUAUUGUCCGACCUAGCCUUUCACGAUAUCAGUAGAGCUGUAUGUUCUCUUCUUGAGUUUAGGUUGUUGGCUUGUAAUCUUAUAACCAGUGAAGCUGUGGAGAAAUUGGCUUCUUCCAAAAUCUUGGAGGUGCUUGACCUGUGUGGCUGCAGGAGCGUGGCAGAUGGCUGCCUUAGUUACAUUUCAUGCCUUAAUACACUAUCUACACUAAAUCUGAAAGGAGCCGAUAUUACUGACAGUGGCUUGGCUAUUAUCGGUAGAGGGAAUUCACCCAUUGCAUGUUUGUGUCUCAGCGGCUGUAAGAGGGUAACUGACAAAGGAAUUGCUCUUUUGUUGGAUGGUGGAGGGAUGGUUAGCAAGACAUUGUCAUAUUUGGAUUUGGGCUACAUGCCAGGGAUAUCAGAUAGAGCCAUUCUUACUAUCUCUGCAGAAGCUCAAGCAGUUACUGAACUGUGCAUCAGGUAUUGCUUCUCCGUGACAGAUGUUUCACUGAAAACAUUGGCUUUAGAGGAAAGGUACAAAGGUGGAAGCAAAUUACUUCGGAAGCUUGACCUUUGUAACUGCCUUGGGUUGUCUGCUGAAGCGGUAGGGUUGCUGAAGAAGCCUUCAUUCCGUGGUUUAAGAUGGCUUGGUGUUGGGUUGACUCGUUUGGCUAGUAAAAGAGAUGCUUUCGCUGAAAUUUCUAGGGAACGACGAUGGCUGACUGUGUGUUUCGAUGGUUGUGAAGUGGGGUGUCACGAUGGAUGGCAGUACCACGAGUCUGAUUAUAGUCAAUCUUGAUUCAUUUUUAUGGACUUCGACACAUUUUUUGUGAUGAAGUGCAUGUGAAGCCCCCUCCUCAAGGCUAGACAGGAAUGAUUCAAUCCCAGUUCUUGGUGUUUGUAGGAUGAAGAAUAGAUCAUAAAACCCCGUGCACAAAAUAACCCAUUUACAGGUGCUGGUCAUUCAGUUGAUGAUUCUUUCUUACCCCUCUGUUUUUGUUGUUUAUAAAUUUUCUCUCUAAAUACUUUUAUUUUUCACAAUCUUGUGAGUAAAAUCUAAGAAUAAGAUUGUUGAUGGAACAUGAGGGAGUGGAGUAGGUCUGCGGAUGUAUUAUGCUCAAUGUAAUUAGCACAUUACAUUGUGACAGCUACCAUGCUAGAACAAAUUCCUCUGCUACAAUCCACAUCAUAUGCCAGCUUAUUUCAUCCAUAAACUUAAAUUCAUAAUGCGCAUAAAAAUAACUGCUGCACCACGGAUAAUUCUCUAAUUGCAGGCAUAUGACCCGUAAUCAAUCAUCUUUCAGAUAAAAGCACUUCGUCCUCCCCUCCUACUAUGUCUAUCGUAGGCAGUAUUGAACUUGUCGACCAACUCAUUCAUUGUACU